GAGAAAGAACAACUGAUAAUAAUAAACGUCACUCAUUGCUACCGUGAUUUAUGCUGCUCUGAGAUUUCUAUCGCCACCGACUGAGAGAACAAUGCCAGAAAGUUGUUUUCACAUUUUGAACAAUUUCUGCCACAUCACGUACAGCUUAUAGAUAAGCGGCGCACCAAGCACGUGAGACAAUUCAAUUUGUGAACCUGUUUUUUACGACCACAGUGAAGAGUGAUUUUUUACAUCAGUCAAGUAUUACUCACAGAAACAUGUGAUCUUCAAAACGAGACAAACCUUCAAAAGAUCUCCUGAGUAAAAAGGUCGAGGUAAACGCUGUUGUGAUCUUGUGUUCCUGGGAGAUUAAAACUCUACUGAACAAGAAUGUCUGACCUCAAAAACAAGAGCAAAGAGAUGGAUCCCGAGGCAGCCUUCACUAUGCCCAUUCAUUACGUGAUUGCAGCAGUUUAUGUCGUUUUAACUGUGACAGCAUUCAGUCUAAACACGCUUGUCAUUUGGGCAUUUGUCAAAGACCGCACACUGCGCACGCGCUCGAACAGCUUGAUUCUUAGUAUAGCCGUCGGUGAUUGGCUACACGCAGUAUUAGCAUAUCCCCUUGGAGUUGUUAAAAAUGCGUCACAAAGUUGGCGCUUGAGCGGUGGAGCCUGCACGUGGUACGCCUUUAUUACAUCUUUCCUUUCGUUCGGUAUAAUGCUCCACUACGCUACAUUUUCUAUCGAGCGUGCAAUCACAAUAAACUUCUCUGAAGCCUUGUUUUGUAUUGAGAGGAAGCUUGGUCUCAUCAUUGCUGGACUUUGGCUGUUUGCCCUUCUUUGGAGUUCGUUCCCUCUGUUCGGUUGGUCAGCGUACGUUCCUGAAGGCGCAGGUGUGUGUUGCUCAAUUCGCUGGCAAUCGUCCGAUCCACUUGAUAUCACUUUUGUGGCUUGUAUUUUCUUAUUCUUCUUUUUUGGACCAGUUGUUACCAUGGUUAUAGCAUACUAUUCCGUUUACAACAACAUGAAGAAAAUGACUUUAAAUGCGCAUGGAUUGUGGGGAGAGAACGCUGCACCUACAAUGGAAGUUAUCCAAGCCGAGGGUAAAAUCGGGCGCAUGGCAUUUAUGAUGUCGACUUGCUUCUUGUUCGCAUGGACGCCUUACGCCGUAGUUUCUCUGUAUGCUAUUAUAAACCAACCUGAGGACAUCACACCACUGGUAGCCACUCUACCCGCCUUAUUUGCCAAAACAGCGCCUUGUUAUAAUCCCGUCAUUUACUUUUUAUCAUACAAGAAAUUUAGGGAAAGUCUAAAACGGACACUGAGACGCCAAGGAAACACCAGUGCUGUAAGCAGGCUGUGACAACACUAAGCAUCUACUCAGCUUCACUGCACCCCUUGAUCAUAAUGCAUUUUCUCCACACUGUUCUCUGUACAUUCCAAUGUUACUGACAAAGAGAAUAUGUUAGACAAUCAAGAGCUUCUUAACUGACUGAUCAUUCCCUGUAUUCUCAUGAACUGUUUGAUUCAGGUGUGAUACUGUGG